GAUCAAGAAAGAGAAGAUACGAACGAGUCUCUCGCCUUGGCUACCAAUAUACUCAGAGGUGUCAUGUCUGCAACAGUUGAAGAAAAAAGAUUGAUGGACAUCCUGAAAAAUCUCGGAACUCAUCGGAUGACGUAUAAUUAUGUCGACGAAGUGUUUGAAGUUGAUGAAAUCAAUAAAAGAAAUCUGGGAAAGAUGAUUAUACGAUAUGUUGGCCAUGAAGGAACUGAAGCAAAACCAGGACUUCGAAAAAUACUCCAAACCUGUAUCGAUUUUUUACAAACAGAGGCAGCUGGUGUGUGGAAAAAUGCCUCUUUCACUAUCUAUGACGAGGACGACAACAUGUACAGCAUAGCUAGUGGGAAUAAAAAAUACCGGUUCAUAUGUGGAAUUGAAGACGGGAAACCUUAUAUAAAGGAAGAAAUGGGAGGACCUUCGCGCAAAAAACCAAAGAUACUACCCAUUCAGCAUACUGCUGGAACAGGUACCGAGGAAAACAGGUGUCAAAUCAUGUGAAGAACUACUCUUUAUCAAGUUGAUUCUGAAAAUAAUUUUAACUGCUUAAUUUAUCUUGCAGUGUUAUUUGGUAGAAAAUGACUGUUAACAUUUUAAAAUAGUCUACUCAGUCAAACAAAGGGAGAUAACCUUUUCACUAAACUGCUAGGAAGUAAACUUCCUUGGAACCAACUUUGA